AUCGUCGCCUGCGGAGAUACAAGCAGCGGAAAGUCAUCUGUGCUCGGGGCUCUGUCUGGAAUUCCGAUCCCGGCUUCUGGCUUCAUGUACACGAAGUUUACCACAGAGAUUGCGUUAAGAUACUUUGUAAAAUCCAUCACGGGACAUACUUUUAUCACUUCAGUAAAGUAUACGUCCGAUCGCCACAAAACUGAACUCGAAUCAUUCCGGAAAGACAUCGCCAGUCUAUAUGAUAUCCUGGAUCUAAUGAACGAGGCUAGGAAGAAGAUGAGUCUCGAAGGGACUUUAGGGGGUCAGUCGAGACGUGUUGCACUUGAGGCUCGACGGACAACAAUUACUAAAUUUAACGCUUGUGGAUUUACCCGGUCUGAUA